CAAGGAUUCAAGUGACAUACUCAGGCACACAACACCUUUCCCCUGCUUCCGCAUUGGCAGACCUGUAACCGGCUCAUUCCGAGCUGACUUGACAAAACAACUUUCCUGUAUUGCCUCGUUGGUGCUGAAACACCUGCAUUCAACGCAUCAUGAGUCUCAAGGAGUUCUUCUUCGGGUUUAGCGAUGAAACCCGCGCUGCAUUCCCAAAUCUGUUUAUCAACCACAAUAUCGACCGACACCAAUGCCGGCGUGUCGUGCCCAUGGAGGUGCUGAGCCUUGGGAUGGGCCGCACUGGAACGACGUCCAUGGCAGCAGCCUUUGCUCUUCUAGGCUUCCCGACAUCCCAUGGAGGAGCUGAUAUGCACUCAAACCCCUUAGACGGAGACAUAUGGCUUGAGGCCGUGAAGGCGAAGUACCAGGGGGAUACCUCCGUCAAGCUGGACGCCAGUUUCUUUGACAAAGCGCUCGGUCACGUAUCCGCAUGCGCUGACUACCCGAGCAAUAUGUUUGGCCCGGAGCUCAUCGCAGCAUAUCCCAACGCCAAGGUUGUCCUGGUAGAACGCGAUGCAGACGCUUGGUAUCCAUCUUUCGAGCGGGCCCUGAUCCGCGGUCAGGACUUACCCGCAUGGUUCAGGCACUUCCUCGAACUAGCGGACAAUACGCAGAAGCAUGUGCAACCCGUGAUAUGGCGGGGGAUGAUGCAGGGACAGUUCGGCGCUAAAGAUUCGAUUGAGUGGCGAAAGAAGGCAAAGGACGUGUACAAGCGCCACAAUGCUGAAAUUCGCGAGGUCUUGAAGGAUCAACCGGAGCGGCUGUUGGUGUAUCGGCUGGGUAGCGGAUGGGAGCCUCUAUGUGAGUUCCUAGGGAAGCCGAUUCCCGACGUCGACUUUCCAAGGGUGAAUGAGAAGGCUCAGCAUGAUGCCAUGAUCAAGGUUUUCAUCGUCCAACAAUUGCAAAGCUUCUUGCUGAACAUGACGAAGACUGGAGGAGCUGCAUUGGUCGCCGUUAUUGCUUGGCGAUGGUGGUCGCAAAGCCCCAGCGCCUAGACAGCGCCAACUUGUUGUUCAUAUAUCUUGAGUCAUUUUCUAUAUAACCUAUUUCCCGG